UUUUUUUCCUCUCUCUCUCUCCCUUCCGAGUCCUGACCUACCAACGCAAUCCCUCCCCUCCCUCCCUCCGAAGAUCGGAGCCGCCUCGCCCGCCGUCGUCGCCGCCGUCGCCUCGCCGUCCCACAGCCUCCGCCGCCCCACACCUCAGCGCCGCCGCCGGCGCCCCAAUCCCGUCUCCCGCCUCUCGGGGUCGUCGCCGCCAUCGCCGUCCCCGCUAUUCCUCGCCGGGACGUCGCGCGCGCUCCUGCCGUCUCCACCCCGCCCCAGUCUCCGGCCACUGGGUCUCCUCGGAGGGCAAUGGAUAAAAUCUAGAUGCUAAGUUGACUUUUUUCCUGCGGAUUUGCUUAUCGUGAAGAUGCACAAAGGGUCUAUAGCUCAAGCAUUGGAUGCUGACAAAAUAGAAGUUCCUUCACCAAAGGAAGAAAGUAAUUCCACCGAUUCGGAAGCUGCUACAGAUACUGAAAACUUUGAAAUUAGUGAUGACGACGAUGAUGAUCGUAAUCACAAGCACCGAAGAAGAGAGGCUAUGCCUCAACCUUUUGGUGAGAGUAUCGAAGAGCAAGCUGCAGGGAGGCCUUUUAAAAGAAGGCCCAGGAUUUCUGGUAAUGGGCAGCCUUUUGGUGGAGCUGAUUCACGUGGGGAAGCACAGAACAACUUCAUACCAAAAUUCAAGAGGCGUCCUGGACCAGGAGCUCACAGUCGGGGAGGUAGAGUGAACCAAUCCUUCCAUUCAGCUUCUGCUGCUGCUCGCCCUCCUAUGACACGGGGAAGAGGACGGAAUGGUGCACCCUGGACUCAUCAUGACCCAAGAUUUAACACACUUGACAUGAUUGAUUUUGCAUCACAGAUGGCCUCACAAGGACCGCCCACGCAUCCUAACUUAUUUAUGGGUCCUCCACUGCCGAGUGGUGGUGGUGCUCAAAACGGUCCGUGGGGUCCGUAUGGAUUUAUGCCUGGAAUGCCUAAUGGAAUGAUGGAUCCAAUUCACCCACUUGGAAUGCAGGGCCCUAUUCAGCCUCCUUUAAUUGAUCUUGGCAUGCCUCGUCAACGUUGUAGAGACUUUGAGGAGCGUGGAUUUUGCUUGAGAGGGGAUAUGUGCCCCAUGGAGCAUGGUGUAAAUAGAAUUGUUGUUGAAGAUAUGCAGAGCCUAUCACAGUUCAAUCUUCCAGUCUCAGUUCCAAAUGCUCCAGGACUAGGAAUCCAAAGUGAGGCAGGAACUGCUCAUGUUAACUUAACAAACCUAGGGGGCAGUAAAGGUGUUCCUGCAAAAGAUAUGAAAUCUGGUGUGGCAGAUAAUCCAUCGAAGCUAAAUGGGAGCACUGUUUCAGCUGUUGCUGAUGCUGAUGUAUAUGAUCCUGAUCAGCCCCUGUGGAACAAUGAACGGCCUGAAGCAUCUAUUGCUGGUUUUGCACAUACUAAUGAUGGAAUAUGGAAUGCUGAAACCUCAAGCUAUGAAGCAGGGUGGGAGCAUGCAAACCAGGGUUUUGCAGCUGAUGAUUCACAAAAUCCAAAAUCUUCUGUUUGGGGGAGAAUAGCAUCAAAGAGAAAAUCCGGGCCUGGUAAAACAGCUAAUACUACUUCGACAAGUGCAACUGGAAACCAAAGAAGUGACUACAAUGAUGAUAUGGGUCCUAGCACUGUCCAAGUAAAGCCUGCUUCUACUAAGGAUACUAAUGGUCGACCCAGUUCAAGAAUGUCUGCAGAUGUGGGCCGGCAAAGUAAUAGCAGGACCUCUCAUAAAGCAUCUCGCACACUUUAUGUAAAUGGCAUUCCACCAGAAAGCAACAGAUGGGAGGCCCUUCUGUCGCACUUCGAAAAAUUCGGUCAAGUAAUAGAUAUAUAUGUUCCAGCUAACAGUGAGAAAGCUUUUAUCCAGUUCUCUAAAAGGGAAGAAGCUGAAGCUGCUCUAAAAGCUCCAGACGCUGUGAUGGGAAACCGUUUUAUAAGGCUGUGGUGGGCUAACAGAGACAGGAUUACUGACGAGGGAGAUGGUAGAAUCUCUGCGAAACCUCCGCUGACAAAUUCUGCCCUUCCCCAACCAUCUUCAUCCAACAGAGGCAAGGAUCUUCAAUCUACAACUCCAAGGGCCAGUUCUGGAUCUUCUGCAUCAGGCCCUGGUAUAGGUCCUAAAAAGUUGCCUGCAAACAGUAUAACAUCAAUACCUCCUGCUCCCAAAAGGCAAGAAAAUCUGGAAAUGCUGGAAGCAAUUCGUAAAAAACAAGAUAUGUUAGCUCAGCAGCGUGAUGAGUUACUUCAGCGGUUAGAGAAAUAUGCGAAACAAACAAGUUCAGCAAAUUCAGUAAAACAGGCAGAGGCUGGUGGAAAAACAGUUGGGUCAAAUGCUGUGGGGAAAGUGGGCGAUGUCAGUUCCAUGAACACUGGGACAGAAGGGCCGCAAGAGGUCGCUGGUACACUGGAAAAUAAAAUUUCUGGGGAGUUGGCUUCAUCUUCCCCAAAAUAUGCUCCAACAUCCACACAGAAACCAGCUGUAGCUGCGAGGCAGCUAUCUCCUCUGUUAGCACCACCGCAGAAUAGGUUUAAGCUUGACAACCGGACCACAUCGUUUAGGAUCCUUCCUCCUUUGCCACCUGAAAUCGCAAAUGAAACUGUCUUGAAAGAUCAUUUUGCAGCAUUCGGUGAGCUUUCAUCUGUUGUACUGGAAGACACCGAAGCCCACAACCAUGAUACAACCUUAAAGCCUUCCCUGAGUUGCUCGGCUUGUGUGACGUACGCAACGAGGCAAUCUGCUGAGAAAGCAUUUAUUAGUGGCAAAUCUUGUAAAGGGCACAUGCUACGGUUUAUGUGGUUGACGGCCUCUCCUGGCUCUAAUAACCAAUCGAGGCCUCAGAAAAGUUUAAUUCCCGUCAGGCCCAGUGGCAUCUCAGGCCAAACUGGCAACAUGACAUCUGAGUCCCAAAGCCCCGUUGGGAAAAUUUCAUCUGCUGCCGCAUCUGGUACAGCAGCCAUUCCUCAUAGUGAAUCCGUUCCAAGUGCAGAAAGUUCAAAGACAUUUCCUGUUGGGAUUUCCAAAGAAUUACCUUCCGUUUCCUCUCUAUCAUCAAAUGUUGAGUGUCCUCCUGGAAAUGAUUCCACAAUGAAUGCCGUCUUUACAGACCCGGGUCUUCCACAGUGAGGCGAUGGAGCGGAGCGGAUGGAGAAGAGCCGACGGGAUUCUGACACUUCUUGGGUGGCUCGUCUACACAGCGAGUCUUUACAGAGUCGGUUGGAACAUAUGUCAAAUCAUACACGGAACCUGCGAAGACCUGGGCGAUUGAUUUACUGAUCUUGGGGGGAAGGGGAGGCUGUUCAAGGCUGAGGGGAACAUAUACCGGGCAUUUUACAGACUGCGUCAUCGCCCAUUCUUAGUUUAUCACGAGUGAAAUGUAGAUUGUGUUUUGUUAUUGUACCGAUUCGAUGUCAGCUCAGGUAACAUCAUCCUCCGGCCGAAAGCGGCUGGCAUUGUGGUUGGUUUUUGUUGCCAAAAUUGAAAUGUAUGCAUUUGGGUGGAUCUGCCUGUCCAUGUCCUAGCAACAACCUCCAGUCAAGGAUCUCUGAACUUGUGCAUAUUGAACCGUUGGACUAAAGGAUCGGUCCCCUUGAAUGAGGAAAUUUUGUAACCUAGUA